GGCUCUGAGGAGGCUGCUGGUACUGAGGAAAGACGUACGGUGCAGUUGGCGACCUCCUGUCUUCGGAAAACCUCUGCCUGACUGAAACUCGGGUGACUUAAAGCAGGGGACCUUCAAACACAUGACAACGGACACUUGGAUUUAAGGAAGAAACUUACUUUUUUUUUUGUUUUUGUUUUUUUUGUUAGUGUGUAUAAGUCGAGAGCAGCUUCUUGCAGUACUCGCAAUCGGCGGUUUGAGGGAAAUAUUUUGUGGAGAAGCGGAAAGAGAGGGGGGUUUGGGAUGCUGGUUCCCCGCGCGCUCCGCUCCUUGCUGUGCGUCCUGGGCUGCGCGUGGCUGCACACCGGAGCGGCCUCGCGGCUCAAGUCUCCCGCUCUGCCUAUCCAGUCAGAGAGAGAACCGCUGCCCUUCAAAGGCUUGUCAGGAUGCUCAUUUGGAGGUCGAUUCUAUUCUCUCGAAGACACAUGGCACCCAGAUCUAGGGGAGCCCUUCGGUGUCAUGCACUGUGUCCAAUGCCACUGCGAAACGCAAAAGAAUCGUCGCGGCAAGGUGUUUGGGAAGGUUAACUGUAAGAACAUCAAACAGGACUGUCCAGACCCCAACUGUGAUGAUCCUAUCCUUCUGCCAGGGCACUGCUGUAAAACCUGCCCUAAAGCUGAUGAUGACAAGAAGCAGACAGACUCCCUACUGGAGAACUUUGAGUAUUUCCAUGAGAAGAGCAAAGGGAAGGAGGAUGACCUCCACAAAUCUUACAAUGACAGAUCUUACCUGAGCUCUGAGGACAUGGGCCCUGGGGAAAGCCGCACUGACUUUGUAGCAGUGUUGACAGGGGGGACAGAAUUAUGGAGCUCCAGUGGUGUUGCCAGAGCUCGGCUCUCUCUUUCCAGAACCAGCCUGGCCUUCUCCAUCACGUACCUGAGAAUGGGCCGUCCCAGUAAAAUAGUCUUCCUGGAUUCAGAAGGGACCACUGCUUUUGAGUACAGGGUCCCCAAGGGACAGACAGACAUGAUCUGUGGAGUAUGGAAGAACCUGGCUAAGCCUCUAAUGCGACAGCUGCAGUCUGAACAGAUGCGCAUCCGCAUUAUCACAUCAACGAGCAGACGAGAAGAAGUGGAGGGAAAGAUCAUCAAACACAGAGCUCUUUUUGCUGAGACAUUUAGUUCAACGCUGACAUCUGAGGAAGAGAAUUCAGGCAUGGGAGGCAUUGCCAUGUUGACACUAAGUGAUACAGAGAACAACCUUCACUUCAUCCUCAUUCUGCAAGGCCUCAUCAAGCACACAGGUAAAGAGCCCCUUUUAGUGCCCAUUCGAGUCCAGCUUGUGUACCGCCAACACAUCCUGAGAGAGAUCCGGGCCAACGUCACCUCUCACGAUCCAGAUUUUGCAGAAGUGCUGACAGACCUGAACAGCCGCGAACUGUUCUGGUUAUCUCGGGGUCAGUUGGAGAUUGCCGUGGCGACUGAGGCUCAGGAUCCCCAACAAAUCUCCGGCUUCAUCACCGGCAGGAGAUCUUGUGACACUAUUCAGAGUGUGAUGUCCAGUGGUGAUGCAUUGACCCCGGGAAAGACAGGAGGUGUGGGAUCCGCUAUCUUCAGCCUCCAUGAUAACGGCACACUGGACUACCAGGUUCAGGUCGAAGGUCUCACCAGCGACGUGGUUGGCCUCACUGUUGAGCUGAAGCCAAGGCGGCGUAACAAGCGCUCAGUGCUGUACGACUUGACGCCGGAGUACAACAAGGCCACGGGCCAGGCGGUGGGCAGCUGGAGUCGUCUGGAGGCCCGACACAUCCACAUGCUGCUGCAGAACGAGCUGUUCAUCAAUGUGGCCACGGCACACAGCCAGGAGGGGGAGCUGAGGGGGCAGAUAAAGGCCCUGCUCUACAGCGGUCUGGAGGCACCCAGACAUGAGUUGCCCACCCCUCUGGCUGGCCACUUUGUGUCUCCACCAGUAAGGACCGGUGCUUCUGGCCAUGCCUGGGUGUCAGUGGACAAACAGUGUCACCUGCAUUACGAGAUUGUUGUCGCGGGCCUCAGCAAGACUGACGACCUUACUGUGAAUGCCCACCUCCACGGACUGGCUGAGAUUGGCGAGAUAGACGACAGCAGCACCACAAACAAGAGGCUGCUGACCGGCUUCUAUGGAUCACAGGCUCAGGGAGUAUUAAAGGACAUCAGUGUCGAAUUACUGCGACACCUGGACCAUGGAACAGCGUUCAUCCAAGUCAGCACCAAGCUCAACCCACGAGGGGAAAUACGAGGACGGGUCCAUGUGCCAAACAACUGUGAGUUUGGGACCAGAGGGGAGGUGGACGAGGCUGAAUUCGAUGACCUUUUUGUGAAAGACCCAGAGGAGCUGAAGAAAGACCCUCAUACCUGUUUCUUUGAGAAUCAACACCACGCUCAUGGCUCCCGCUGGACGCCCAGCUACGACAAUUGUUUCUCUUGCAGCUGCCAGAAGCGAACAGUGAUCUGUGAUCCAGUCAUCUGUCCGGUGCUGACCUGCUCCAGAACCAUUCAACCUGAGGACAAGUGCUGCCCUAUCUGUGACGAGAGGAAGGAGCCCAAGGACAUGAAAGCUCCAGAGAGAGUGGAUGAGCAUCCUGAAGGUUGUUACUUUGAAGGAGACCAGAAGAUGCAUGCCCCAGGAACCACAUGGCAUCCCUUUGUACCUCCCUUUGGCUACAUUAAAUGUGCUGUCUGCACUUGCAAGGGAUCUACAGGGGAGGUACACUGUGAGAAGGUGACAUGUCCAGUGUUGACCUGCAGUCAUCCUGUGAGACGUAAUCCCUCUGACUGCUGUAAAGAGUGUCCAGAGGAGGACAGGACCCCCACAGGCCUGGAGCACAGCGACAUGAUGCAAGCAGACGGCCCGAGGCACUGCAAAUUUGGCAAGAACUAUUACCAAAACAGUGACAACUGGCAUCCCUGGGUACCACUGGUGGGGGAGAUGAAGUGCAUAAACUGCUGGUGUGAUCAUGGUGUGACUAAGUGUCAGCGGAAGCAAUGUCCAGUACUGACCUGCUCCAACAUCACCCGCAGAGAGGGCUCGUGCUGUCCUGAAUGUGUCGAUUCCAAAGAGGAAGACGACCUGAUGAUGAAAGUUCCAGACAAAAGACGAACCUGGAGACAUUGAUCUUUGGGGAGACAUGAAAACAAAAAAAAA